AUGUCAUCAGGAUCCUCCAAAGACCUCUCCAAAGCAAUCUCCUCCCACGCUGCGAAGCUCAGAGUCCCCCUCCCAGACGAUAUCCAGCGAGUGAUUAAUGCCUACCUCGACAAGCACCCCGAUCCAGAUGAACCUGAGUCCCAUAGACUGCAAGAUGAGCUUCUUUCCGUCUACCAGUCUUGCAUACGAGACGUGCCGUCGCGGCUUGCUCCCUUCCUCGCCAUCCUCCUCCCUCUGAAGCCGAACAUAAGCGGAUCUGGCAGAUUGCUCUCAUGGUGGGACAAGCUUUCAGUUCCGGUACUGAACAACAUUGGGGCCGAGAAGGGGCUGGCCGUCGUGGCAAAGGAUCUUCUGCUUGCAAUCUUGGUUUAUGAUGAAGAUGAGGACGAUGCAAAGACACUAGAGGCUAAGGCUACGAGUAAUACUCUGGCGGAGACGUUGUUCGCUACAUGGCUUGCGCAGAGUAAGGCUACUUUGGAUCAGUUCGACGACCAUGCCAAAUUUGUAGUGGAGCAGAUUAAAUUCAUUCUCAUUGCGUUUGGGAAGAGAAGACCAAAGGACUUCUUGACUACGUUGGACACGUUCUUCGUGAAGAAGGAUAGCAGAAUAUUGACCUUGUCUCUGCUCUGCGAGUUCAUUCAGCAGCAGCCUCCACAUCUACAUCAGCUCCUACAAACGCCUCUCUUCAAUAACCUCCUCAAAUGUCUACAACGAGACACUUCAACAAGGGUUAUAUCGCUGGCUAUGACGGCUUUGGUUAUGUUCCUCCCUCACAUGCCAAGUGCUGCAGCGCAGCAUCUCCCUGCCCUUUUCAACAUUUAUAGCAGAAUGCUGUUCUGGUAUCGAGAACGCAAAGCUGCCGAACCUCGACCUCGUGCUGAUGAUGACGAGAAGAGUGAAAAAGAGAUUUCUCUACCGGAGCAAGAUGAAUCUUGGGACAAGCUCUCCUAUUUACUCGAAUCUGAAGACGAGCAAGUGCCAGAGUUGCUACACUAUUUCACGUUUUUAUACGGCCUCUAUCCUAUCAACUUCAUGAGCUAUAUCCGCAAACCUCAGAGAUAUCUCCGGCAUGCCAACUUUCCUGGAGCAGAUGAUCUGGAUAUUGAACCUACCGAGAUUCGACAGAGAUCUGAGCCUUUCAGAAGACUGCAUCUGCUGCACCCAAACUUCUUCCUGCUCACGAUUGAGUCAGAACUCACCGACAAUAAUCGAUGGCAGAAGAGUGAAGCAGCGGAUGUGGUUGCGGAAUGCAUGGCUCUUUUCGUCCCCGGUGAGGAUGCUCAGGGACUUGUUCAUAGAUCCAAGGCACUGGCAAAGAAAGUUGCAGUGGAUUCGGAUGUUCCUGAGCAGCCCCUAUUGGAUGAAGAAACCGUGACGCCGUAUCAAUCUCGCCAUACCAGCUGGAGAAACACAACGUCCACUGCAGUCGCUUCACCUACUGAAAUCCGCCAUUCAAGCUUACACCGCAAAUAUUCACAGACUUCUCAGUCAAUGCCAUCCAUCGCUGAUUCUCCAUCCCUUCAACCAUCUGAUCGCCAUGAUAGUCCCACAAUACUACCGACGAUGACCGCUUCUCCAAGCAAUAAUCAGCUCUCGGAUAUGCUUAACACUCAAAAAUCAAUCAGGGGCAGUCUCUAUCAAUCUCUAACCAACGAAUCAGUUGCCUCGCUCGCAUUAUCCAACUCCCCGCAUGACCCCCAUCACGUAGCGGCCUAUCUCGAUUCGCUUGGUCCCCAACGCUCUCCCUCACUGAGACCAACCACCAACGACCCGAAUCUCAAAGUUGCCUACCUCCAUCGCGAGAUCCAACUUCUUCGGAACGACCUAAACUUCGAGCGCUACCUCAAACAACAGCAUCUCUCGCACAUCGGCCAGCUGCGCCGCAAUCAAAUCAAAGAAGCGCGCGUGGAAGCUGAGACGCAGAAUCUGCUCAACGCGAACCGUGGUCUGAGGAGUAAGUUAGACGAAGCAAAACGGGCAAACCUACAGAUGAAGAAGGAGAGUGAGAAAAGCAAGGCACAUUCUAGGAAGUGGGAAGCCGACCUCUCUGCCAAACUUCGUGUGCUCCGCGAGGAACAAAAGAAGUGGCUGCUGGAGAAGGCAGAUCUGAAGAAGGAUCUUGAGAUUGCGGUCGAUAAAGCAGAGAAGCUCAAACAGCUCGUCGUGACGUCCGAGAGCAGGGAGUUGGCAGCGAGACAAAAGACAAUGUCCGUAGAAGCUUCCCUCGACGAGUUGGAACGCCUCCGGAAUGAAGUCGAGAACCUCACGCUCCGUAUCCGCAAAUACGAAGCCCGUGACCUCGACGUAUUGCGUCAAGAAGACGCUGCAGCAGAAGCAUUCAAGCGGGUCACCCUCCUUGAGAUGGAGCUCCGAGCCCGUGAUCAACAGCUCGCUCGCUCUAAGCAAGCUUUCGAGCAAGAGCUCCACGAGCGAGAGGAGAAAGCCAAAGAGGACAAGGAGGAAGCCUACGUGCAAAAAACUACGCUCUCGCAAGAAAUGCUGGAUUCCGUGCUCGAGAGCAGCAGGAAGAAGAUCGCAGAGCUGAAGCGGCAGCAUGAGCGACUGUUGCGUAGAUACAGCAAUUUGCAGUGCGCGUAUACGGAUGUUAGGGAGAGGUUAGAGCAGAAAGAGUACACGAUUCCUGAUGAGCCGUUGUUGUGUGGUAGUGGCUUUGGACAAGGGGUAGAAGGGAGGAUAAGUCCUAGUCCGCCGAGCCCACAGGAGCCGAGGACUAUGACCAUGCAGGAACCGAGACCGCCGCAGCGGCCGGAGCAGAGGUAUCGCAGAAGAGCAGCACACAAAACUUCCGAUCCAGAGACCUACGUGUACGAAGCUCCUACUACCAGCCCGCCGAACAUUCCCUUGCCACCCAGGCCUGUAAGAAUAGACACGAGCUCUACCUCUGGGGCCGUAAGAAUAGACACGAACUCUACAUCUGAGGCCGUGAGAAUAGAUACAAGCUCUACCUCUGGAGCCGUAAGUCCUGAAGGCGGUUCGCGCAGUCCUGUAAGUCCGGUCGAAGGCAUUGCGAGGGUUGGAACUGGUGGAAUGGGCGGUGGUGCAUUGGCGAGUUUGGGUGCCGGAUAUGGAGGACACUUCCAUGCGCCGCUGCCAUUUAAUCCGGGUCCGAGUGCGAGUAUCGGGAAUUUGGAGGGAGGGGAGGAGGGGGGAAAGAAGAAGAUUGUGCCGGGGAGUGAGGUGAGGAUUUAUGGUCGUGGUGGUCCACAAAAUAUCGGCAAACUCCCAAAGGAGAAAAGGGACAGUAAAGGGAAGGAGAAAGAGGCUCCAUCCCCUCAGAGUCCAGUUGCGGAUCCGAAGAAAGAAAAGAAGAGUGGGGGGUUGAGGGGGAUUAGGGGAUUUGUCUGA